AUGUCCGGUUUGCAAGAUUUCUUGCUGGUGGUUGAGAAUAACAGGGGGGAAGCUUUCCAGAUUGCCGAGGCCACUGCCCAGAAGCUUGAAAACAAGCAGACUACCUUGAUUGACGUGGUUCAAUCCCUAGGGGAAUAUAUCAAUGACGAAAACCCUGCUAUUCGGGGCAAGGCAAUCUCCUACCUCACCGCUGUCAUCAAAGCCCUCCCAUUAAAAUUCCUCUCGCGCCAACAGGUACAGGUCUUAACUGAAUUCUACUGUGAUCGAAUCGAGGAUGGAGGUUCAAUUGCGGGCCUGGAUAGGCUCCAGAGCCUUGAGCGUUUUAAUAAAGAUAUGACUGAGGGAGUUAUGCGAUCGAUUUUCCAGCAUUUCUCGGAUCUACAGACUCGCUCUCAGUCGCAAAGAUUUCAGCUUUUUCAACUGCUGAAUGGCUUGAUGUCAAACCAUCGACGAGCGCUACGAGACAUGGGUGAUGAGUCACUGGUUGGAAUUGUUGACCUUGUGAGCGGGGAGAGAGAUCCAAGGAAUCUCAUGGUUAUUUUCUCCAUUCUUAAAGUUCUCAUGGUGGAAUGGGACAUAUCCAACCAUGUUCAGUCCCUUUUUGAUUCGGUGUAUAAUUAUUUUCCUAUCACAUUCAAACCUCCGCCAAAUGAUCCAUACGGCAUAACCGCGCAAGAUCUGAAGAGUCGUUUGCAAGACUGCAUCUCGUCGACUGAUUUGUUUGCUCCUCAUGCAUUUCCUUCAUUACUGGACAAAUUAGACUCUACAUCAUUCAAUGUGAAAAAAGACGCUCUGAACGCUCUCUACGCAUGUAUAUCUUCAUAUGAUCCAGACACGCUGUCGCGCUACUCAAUAAGUAUAUGGGAUUCUUUGAAAUUUGAGAUCCUUAAUGCACAGGAGGAAGUCCUUGCAGACGAGUCAUUGCGUGUACUUCAGUGCGUAGCUAAGCGAUUAUCAACUUCUGGGACGAACGCUUCAACUUCACCCCUCGCCGGAUAUUUGAAACUAAUUACGAGGGAGUGUAAUGAACAAUUACGCGAGCCACAGCAGAAACAAGCCCAACCAGCACGUCAGAUCUUAAGAUCGCUUUCAUCUGCUUCGUCCUCAUCAUUUAAUUUAAUUAUCCAGGCUGUUGUCGAACCACUGAUCAAUAUUUAUCGAGAUGCCGAAGGGAUCGCUAAGCAAAGGGCGCUCCUUGAGGCUUUCGUUGUUCUACUUGAUUCUGCUGUUGAUAUUUUUGGAACAUGGACAACCCCUGGAUCAGAUCCUGCGCCAGGGAAUCCCCUCACCCCAUUCCAGGAGCUAUUAAUUGAAAUUUUCAGCCAGGCGCUAAUGGGCUCAGCAAAGGAUGAGAUUUCAUUCCGUCUUACCUCUUUGCGGGGUUUGCUUCGUCUGUCUUCGCUUCGGGGUUUCUUGCAAGACAGCGAAAUUGGCCUUUUCGUACAGUAUCUUGAUGAAAUUCUGCUCACUGAAACAGCCAUAAGAGUGGAAUUGAGAAAGGAGGCAAUACACGCUCUGGCCGAAAUUUCGAAACACAAGCCACAACUCAUCAUGGAUAUCGCCUUUCCUGCUUUCGUAGCUACACUCCCAGACUCCGACAAAGACGCUGACCCCGUAUAUCUUAUGACUCUUGAAAGUCUAGCCCAAAUCAGUAUAGAGAAGGAUAUAUUUGAGAUUCUCGUCCGCCGCCUUUUGAGAAAGCUGGAAAUUCUACUUCAGCCGGGAAAUACAAGCACUUCUGCAUACCCACGCGCCAUCCUCUUGACGAUACUUUACGCAAUGGAUCGAAAGGGGCUGGAAAAUGACCCCCACAUCAACUAUUAUUAUGAUAAUAUAUUGGUCAAGUUGUGUCGAAGGGUAGCGACAGGAACUAUGGAAAGUAACACUACCACAAUACAGGACUCGACUGUUCUUAAUGUUCUGGGACGGCUAUGCAACCUCAUUGUCCGGUGCCUUCCGCGCGAAAAGCAGGAUGAAGUUUGUGAGAACGUAUACUGUCUCUUUGCAGCACAAGACGGUUUUGUUCCGAUCCCAUUUUCACACACCUCGACCAAACUCCAACAACAAACGAUGAUCCUCUCAACGUAUCUCCUUGCCGGCCUCCCCAGGGAUUCAAAGCUCCCAUAUACUACCCCGGACAUGACCUCCCUUUUACAGGAACUGGUUCGCCAUGCUAUUGUUGAGGAAAACCUCGCAACCCAUCUAGCACUAGCCCGCCAUCUCUCACUCCUGGUUAAUAAAUUCCUGCCAACAGCGCAAUUAUCAACGGCGUCCUCAAUCCUUUCAUCCCUGAUCGAAUCCGCAGCCACUUCCCCGACCAAGGAAACCCUUAUGCCACCAAAAAUUCGUACAAUCUUCUGGCUAUUCAAGGCCCUGAUCCUCCGCCUUGCACCGUCAACCACCGAAAUUCUCACUUCUCUCUUGGCCCUCCUCACCUCCCCGAAUGCUCAAACGAGCAGAACAGUGGCGCGGUGUUUCGCACUCCUUCUGAGCACUGAUGACGUUCUCUCCCACGCAAACGGCGCUACAAUCCGUCUCCUAUGCAAACAGCGUGUUUUCUCCACUCUUGUUCCACUAAUUGCCCAAAAGGUUCGAGACCUCAACACCGCUGCCUCCUCUGCCAGCGGAUCGACGGCGGCCAAAAUCGCGCCCCACACAAAACAAGCCUACCUUACAGCCCUAUCUGGCAUACUCUCCACAAUACCCCCAUCUCUCGUAAUGCCAGAGCUUCCCACACUCCUCCCGCUCCUCCUCCAAAGCCUGGAUCUGACUGAUGCAGAAUCCCAGCCCAUAAAGGCUGGCACGCUAGAAACACUUGCGGUAAUAAUCCGCGAUAACGGAGUUCGCACAAUCGCGGAAGUGGGCUACGUUGAUGACUUAGUGAAACGGCUGCUGAAGACGGCCACGUACAGUAGCGCUGCAGCAUCAUCAACUCUAACGACUUCAGCUACUAAUGCUGCUACUACUGCAGCGACAACAAAUACCAGUACUGCUCCAACACCUAACACCCCACAUAUCCGUGCACAAUCACUCCAGUGCCUCCUGCUUCUCGCCCAGACGCCUGGUACUACUAACCCAGCCUCGCCAACAGAGAAAACUGCUACUUCCAAACCAUCACCCCUGCUUCCAUUGAAGAGUGCCGUGUUACGCACAUUGAGGUUCGCCCUGGAUGAUCCAAAGCGGGAUGUGCGGAAGGCGGCGGUGGAUGCCAAGGCCGCAUGGUUGAGAAGGGUGGAGGAUGUGGAGGAUGAAGAGGAUUAG